CACUUUAAAGUCCACACUGUAGUGAAUUGUGUCUCUGGAUCACAGAAGAGUAAGCAGCAGCGUGGGAGCCAUCAUGGAGAUUUCCACGGACUCAAACAUGUUGGUAGCCCUGGCAGCGAUAGGAGUAACAGUGUUAUUGUUCCUGAUUAAAGCUCUGGGAUCUGGGGCUAAGAAAGCACCGGUCACUCUGCUGGACCCCAAUGCAAAGUACCCACUACCUCUUAUAGAGAAACAGGAAAUCAGCCAUGACACUAAGAAAUUCAGGUUUGGCCUCCCCUCUGCAGAGCAUGUCUUGGGGCUCCCUGUAGGUCAGCAUAUUUACCUCUCUGCCAAGGUCAAUGGGAGCCUGGUCGUUCGGGCGUAUACGCCGGUGUCCAGCGAUGAAGUCAAGGGCCACGUGGAUCUGGUUGUGAAGGUGUAUUACAAAAACGUAAAUCCUAAAUUCCCCGACGGAGGCAAAAUGUCGCAGCACCUGGACAGUCUCAAAAUAGGGGAAACAAUUGAUUUCCGGGGUCCGAAUGGGCUUCUUGUCUACAAAGGGAAGGGGAAAUUUGCCAUCAGACCAGAUAAGAAGUCUGAACCAAAGAUCAAGGUGGCCAAACACGUGGGGAUGCUUGCUGGUGGAACUGGGAUUACACCCAUGUUGCAGCUGAUUCGUCAAAUCACCCAGGAUCCCAAUGAUAACACAAAAUGCUACCUCAUCUUUGCUAAUCAGACAGAAGACGACAUCUUGCUACGAUAUGAACUGGAAACUGUAGCCAAGAGCCACCCGGAACAGUUUAAGCUUUGGUACACGCUGGAUCGGCCCCCGCAAGGGUGGAAGUACGGCUCUGGUUUUGUUACUGCAGACAUGAUUAAAGAGCACCUGCCUCCUCCGUCCGAGGAUGUCCUUGUGCUGAUGUGCGGGCCUCCUCCCAUGAUCCAGUUUGCGUGCCAAGACAACCUGACCAAGCUUGGGUACCCCGAGGCUGGAAGGUUUGCUUACUAGUGUAUAAAUAAAUCCAGAGCCUCCUGUGCCAGGGGAUAUUGCCAAGCUGCUUUUUUAUGCCAAUGCCAUGGACAAACUUCGGGCAUUUUCCCAGGGAAAUAUCAGAACAGCUGGGGGUAUCCCAUAACAUUCCAAUGCUCAGGUUCUACCACCUGCCCCAGUGGUACCGUAAGGGCUGUGCCAACACCAUUCCUGUCCAGUUCACACUAGGCAAUACCUUCGGAUCUGCUGGGAACUUUCCAUUUAUGUCCAAUUUUCACAUAACUCAGUGGGUUUUUAUAUUAUAUUUCACCGGAAUCCAGAUGCACCAGAGCAUGCUGGGAUUAGUUUAACCCAUGCCUGGGAUCUGAUGUCUGUUUCACAUGAAGAACUCUCAGUCAUUUGUGUGAAUAAUUGAUUCAAUGGAUAGAUGCAGAAUCUGCAAAUGUUUAAUAAAUAUGAACUGACGUCUACUUUUA